UAAUAAUAAUGCAGAAAGCAAAAUAACUUCCGGUAUCUUCUGCCACGUUUAAAAUCUCCAAAUAACACUUUGCAUGUGUUAUACUGUUGAUAUACAAGCCAUGGUAUAAUUUAUUAUAUGUGUUCUGAAAUGGCUCCAUCGUCAUUUUAAAAUUUGAAAUUUUCUGAGGUGUCUCAUCUUGAGGAAUAUUUAUUGAGCUACUGAUCCUACCUCAAAAUAAUCUGGCCGGGAUCUAUGGGGUAGUGUGUAUAACUAUUGGAAACAUAAUGUAAAGCAACAGAAUGGAUAAAUACUGUAGAUAGACAACUCAGAAGAAGUAAUAUGUCUUCCUUUACCAACACACGCAGCCUUGUGGCACUUUGUUCCCUUGCAAACUUCAUCAAUGCAGCGGAUAGAGUUAUCAUGCCUAUAGCUAUUAUACAGAUGACAGAUGAGUACAAAUGGGAUCUCCAUGGACAGGGCUGGGUCUUGAGCUCAUUUGCCAUUGGAUACAUGAGUAGUCAGGUGAUAGGAGGAAGUCAUGCGCAGAAGUACGGAGGCAAAUCUAUCCUGGCAUUGGCCGUCUUCAUGUGGUCAUUGUCUACAUUCAUCACUCCACUCUUUGCCCAUUCAAUAUAUGCCUUGAUAUUUCUCCGGGUGAUAUUAGGCGUUGGGGAGGGAUUAGGAUUACCUACCAUAUUUCACAUAUUUGCUCACACCAUUCCUGUAGAGGAAAGAUCUCGUGCAUUCGGUUAUCUGGUUGCUGCAGGUUCCAUAGGACAGACAGCAGCAGCCUUGAUUUGCCCCCAUUUACCAUGGAGAUGGACAUUUUAUCUAUUUGGGUCUCUGGGGUUUGUGUGGGUGCUACUAUGGAUGGUGAUUUACACAGAGGUUCGGCGAACACCCGAUGAGGAGGAAUUUAUACAACCACCUAAGGUAACAAACAGCAAUGUGCGGUGGAUUGAGUUUGUAGCCCACUGGCCACUAUGGGCCAUGUAUGUAGCUCAUUUUAGUAUGAACUGGUCUAACUAUAUAAUCAUGCAGUGGCUACCUACAUAUUUAGCAAGGAAUCUAGGAGCAGAGAAACAUGACAUUAUGUUCACAGCAGUGCCUUAUAUAAUGAAUUCUUUAGUUGGGAUGGCGGCAGGGCAUUUUGCUGAUGCCCUGGUGUCUAAAAAAUGGACAGUAUUAUCUGUGAGGCGACUCAUGACUAGUAUAGGCCUCCUAGGGCCAGGAUUAUUUAUUCUAUUCUUCAGUGGUGUAAAAAGCCUUGCAUGGGCAGUUAUAUUUGUGUCAUUAUCAAUGGGACUAAGUGCGUGCAAUUCAUCUGGCCAUCUCAGUAAUCAUGCUGAUGUAGCACCCACCUAUGCUGGCAUCACAUUUGCAGUAUCAAAUACUUUAGCUACAAUUCCAGGGAUUUUAUGUGGACCUUUGACAGCCGAAUUAGUGACUCAGUCUAAUGGUAGAUGGUUUCCAGUGUUUAUCAUAGCAUCAUUAGUGAACUUUGUAGGCGCAAUAGUGUACCUCAGCCAAAGUGCAGCUAGCCAAGUGUUGUGAGACACCAUUUGUUUUGAGACACCUGCUCAUGGGUGAUACCUUUAGUGUAGAACUCUAAUGUUGCAUGUGAUGAAUAGCUUUGCCUGUAGGAAUGUAAGCAGACUUGCCAUAAUUUUUUUGUUCAGUGCAAGAACUAUUCAUGAAAUAAGUGAACUAUUAUUUCGUGUUCAAGCCUUUUCUAUUAGGGUUGAUCAACUGGUCAUUAAAUGCCUAAAAUCCAUUAAUGAAACAUUGCUCUACACAUCACCAGAUUAUAAACCCACCUAUUAGACAAUGAUGUCUUGUUUUAAUGUCAUCUUAUCAUGGUGCAUUGCUAAAUGGUGCAUAGCUAAAAAUACAACUGAG